AUGAAGGUUUUACAGAUGCUGAUGUUUUUGCUUCAACAGAUUUCUGCAAAUGAAGACAAAUGUUACCGAGGCGAUUGGUUCGUAACAGCGAAGGACAACGGUACAAUGACAGAACGAUUUUGCUUUGAAAGUUGCGAAGAACGUCGAUUAGAUCCGGAUCGAAAGACUGUAGAUAUGAUAAUAAUGAGCAUCAAAAACUGCCGGAUAAACGGAAAACAGUGCCCAGAAGAUCCAGUUUGUCACAAGAAAAAAAGGGAAAUUUUUCAGUGCAAAUGUCGGGACAGUCGAAUAGUCACGCUUUGGCUAUUUGCCUUGUCUUUUGGUGGAGGAUUCUUCAUCUUUAUCAAGUUCAUGAUCUACUUUUUGUACAAAAUCCGAAAACACACAAACAAUCCUGACUCGAUUUUCAAUUGCGCCCGGCACAAGAAACCGCCUCGAAUUCUUCUCAAAGAUCUUCUUAGCCAAUGA